UUACCAAUAAACGUCAUGCACCACACUCCAGUCCAGUAGGUGGCGGAAAUGCACUUUCAAGUGGAUUUGCCAGCCGUCAUUAAAAAAAGAAAAGAAGAAGAAGAAUUCUGUCACUGAGCCGCUGGAUGGCAUGGUUCAUGUGUGUGAAGGGGAAGGUAGCAAGUUUAAAUGCGUUACUUUGCGUUGGAAAAAGAGAAAACAAUCAUUUUCUUAGACAGUUGUAUCGAAACACAAACGUGAGUGUUAAAACUCUGGGAACGCUACGGACAACGCAAGUGUCCUUUAUAAACUUCUCAAAACAACAGUGCUACACUGCAGCGCGCGCCAUGGAGACUAAAGAUGCCUCAGUUGAAGAAGACAGCUGUGGUACGGACAGCACUGUUAGAACAAACCGCGGUAAACGUAAAAACGAGGAGACAGAUGAGGCAGCGAAACAAGGCAACCGCAAGAAGCACAAGAAGUGCGGCAGACAGCUGCGUCCCGGAGAGCGGUACGUGCCUCCGCCACAGAAGCGCAACCCUGGCGUCAGUUUCAGUCAGGAACAUUUUGCGGAAACCUCCUACUAUUUUGAAGGCGGUCUUCGCAAAGUGUAUCCUUAUUAUUUUGAUUUUACAACUUACUGUAAGGGACGCUGGAUUGGUAAAACACUACUAGAGGUUUUUAAGAGUGAAUUCCGGGCGGAGUCUAUGGAUUACUACAACAAGGCUGUCAAAGAAGGGCGUAUUAAAUUGAAUGAAACUCCAGUGGAUGACCUGAAUAUAAUAUUAAAGAACAAUGACUUAAUGAGGAACACAGUGCAUCGUCAUGAGCCCCCUGUGAGUGGGAAGCCCUUGGAGGUUCUGGUGGAUGAUGGUGAAGUGGUGGUGGUGGAUAAACCCGCCUCACUUCCUGUGCAUCCCUGUGGCCGCUACCGUCACAAUACUGUCAUAUUCAUUCUGGGAAAGGAGAAAGGCCUCAGUGGCCUCCACACAGUGCAUCGGCUGGACCGCCUCACCUCAGGUGUGCUGCUGUUUGCUCGUACACUCGAGGUCUCCAAAAAGCUGGAUGCGAUGGUUCGUGAGAGACAGUUAGAGAAGGAGUAUGUUUGUCGUGUGGAAGGGGAGUUUCCAGAGGGUGAGGUGGUGUGUGAAGAACCCAUCCUGGUAGUGUCCUUCCGGGUGGGCCUCUGUAGGGUGGAUCCCAAAGGCAAAGAAUCCCGCACAGUUUUCCAGAGACUAAGCUAUAACGGGUGCUCAAGUGUGGUCCGCUGUCUGCCUCUCACAGGACGUACGCACCAAAUUCGUGUUCAUCUUCAGUUCCUUGGCUUUCCAAUCCUCAAUGAUCCCAUCUAUGGGUCUUCUGCAUGGGGUCCAAACAGAGCCAAAGGAGGGCUAGUGGGUAUAAGUGAUGAAGAGCUUCUAGAAGCUCUUAUAGAGGAGCAUCGUUCAAAGGAGAGUCUGCACUUGUUGGAUUUGCCUGAUGAAGAGGUCUCAGGAAAGCAAGAGCCGAAGAAAGAGUGUAGUGAUGGUGCUCAAGAACACAAUGACCAAAUAACUGCACCUGAGUCAAGUGGCGUUGCAUGUGAUGACAAUUCCUGUGAACUGACACAGGAGGAAGUGAAGGCAGAAGGUAGUCAAGAACUUCACAAGAGCAUAUCUGCUGCUGAGAUUAGGGGGGAGAUGAAUGGCGCUCAUAAAGAAAAGGAUUCAGUAUCAGAUGAAGCCUCCAAAACUGCAAAAUCGAAUGCUUUUGUCAGAGAUAAUUUAUGUGGCGAGUGUAAAAUUGUGAGACCUGACCCAGUGGAGAAGGAUUUGAUUAUGUACCUACAUGCAUUACGCUACAAAGGACCUGACUUUGAAUACUCCACCCAAAUGCCUGACUGGGCUAAAGAAGACUGGCUUCAGGAUUAAACUAAAAUCAGAUGUAUUCAUGCAUCAUUUGUUACUUGAUAUUUCCACAUGUGUUUACAACGAUUGGGUUUUUAAAAAAAUCUUCCUUUGAUUUCUAAAUAUAUAUUAAUUGUGAAUAACUUUUUAAUUUAUUUUCAUUUAAAUGUUGAGGAUUUCUUAGUCAUUACUGCAGUGCAUUUCUUUUUCGUGUAAUUUUUUUUUUUGUAUUUCUUAUAUUUGAAAAGGACACCAUGCCAUCUGACAUGAACAUGAGUUUUUUUGUGGGGAAAAAAAAAAGCAUGUUUUUUUUUAAUAUACCCCCCCCCUUCAAAUAGUAGGUUAAAACAAUUUUAAUUAAAAUGCCAUGUUAUGCAUAUAAAUGAAGCUGAGGUUUUUAAUUGUC